AUGGCUUCAACGCAGAGUUCAGGCAAUAGCCAACAACUGAUGGAGAACACAGAUUUCGCAGGUAGUCUCGAGUUCAACCCAGAAAUUGAGAAAACUGCAAGAAAACUAAGAAAAGAGGCUAAACAGCGACACAAAGACCUCUCAUCAUCCAGCAUUGAGGAACAAAUCCCUAUUAAAGCACAGGUUGCUGCAGUUGAAGAGGAGAACGCGGUUGAAGAACAGGUUAUUGUCAACGAACAGGUCGUGGGCACGGAGAAAACAGUAUCUGACCCGGACGAUACCUCUGGUGAGUCUGACGUGGAAGAGGAAAUGGCUGAGGAACAAGCAAUACAAGAUGUUGACAAUGUGGAUGACCCUCAACCCCUUUGCAUCGUCUAUUCUGCACUAAAUGCACCACUUGAGCUAAAAUCAGGAUUAAUUCAUCUCCUCCCCAUCUUUAGAGGAAUUGAAAGGGAAGAUCCUCAUAGACAUUUGAAAGAGUUUCAUGUGGUAUGUUCCAGCAUGAGACCACAAGGAGUUACAGAAGAACAAAUCAAGCUAAGGGCAUUUCCUUUUUCUCUAGCUGAUAAUGCAAAAGACUGGUUGUACUACUUACCUCCGGGUUCAGUUACUACAUGGGGAGAAAUGGUAAAAUUGUUUUUGGAUCGAUUCUUUCCCUCUUCUAGAACAUCUGCUAUUAGAAGAGAAAUAUCAGGAAUUAAACAAAAGGAAAUAGAAACUCUCCAUGACUAUUGGGAGAGAUUUAAACGCUUAUGUCCUAGCUAUCCGAGGCAUGAAAUUUCAGAUAAGCAACUUAUGCUCCAUUUUUAUGAGGGACUCACAACCAUGGAAAAACGUAUGAUAGAUGCUGCAAGUGGAGGUGCGAUACGUAAAAGAACACCCCAAGAAGCCAGGGAAUUGAUAUCUACGAUGGCAGCAAAUUCACAACAAUUUGUACCUGUACAAGACUCUCAUAGGAGAGUUUCUGAGGUAAGCAAUUAUUCUGUUGAGUCUAAACUUUCUCAUCUAACCACUUUAGUUGAAAAUCUUGUUGCAGAGAAGGCACAACAAGCCAAAGCUUGUGGAAUUUGCGCUAAUAUGGGUCAUCCCACUGAUAUGUGUCCAUCACUUCAUGAGGAUGACCAGCAUGUGGAUGCUGUCAACGGGUUCUUAGGUCCUCUACAAAGAGAGUACGAUCCUUUCUCAAAUACGUAUAACCCAGGAUGGCGAAACCACCCAAAUUUUAGCUAUAAACAGCAAAAUUCUCAAAGUUAUCAGCCUAAACAGUUUCAACAGCAAGCAUCUUCAUCUAAUUCAGGAGACUCAAUAGUUUCAACAAGAGACCCGGAUGAGUAUUCGCAACUUGGAAACACAAAUCAGUCAAUUGGUAGUAUCGGUGAACAAAUUGAAAAAUCAAGUACAAAUCUAGAAACUGAGAUGAUCGUACCUGAACAAGACAAAUCAGCUUCAGCACCUGAGCAAUCUGAACCUCUGAUCAUUAAACCUCCUUUUCCUCAGAGAUUAGCCAGGUUCAAACAAGAGAAAGAAGAAAAGGAGAUCCUUGAGACAUUUCGUAAGGUAGAAGUCAAUAUACCUUUACUUGAUGCAAUUAAACAGGUUGUUGCAUUAAAGCGCCAUUGCUCAAUUGAUAAAAUGGUAGACUGCUAUUCAGAUUAG